AUGAGUUUGGCAGCGAUCAGUGAGGCUCGCUUCACGGUCUUACACUGUUUGAUGAUGAUCACGAUGAUGAUGAUGAUGAUUCGGAUGAUGAUGAUGAUGAUGAUGAUGAUGAUGAUGAUGAUGAUGAUGAUGAUGAUGAUGAUGAUGAUGAUGAUGAUGAUGAUGAUGAUGAUGAUGAUGAUUGAUGAUGAUGAUGAUGAUGAUGAUGAUGAUGAUGAUGAUGAUGAUGAUGAUGAUGAUGAUGAUGAUGAUGAUGAUGAUGAUGAUGAUGAUGAUGAUGAUGAUUCGGAUGAUGAUGAUGAUGAUGAUGAUGAUGAUGAUGAUGAUGACGGAUGA